AUGAAUAACUACUCAAAGGUGCUUGUUGGUAGCUUGGCUCUAGCUUUGGCCAACAUUCCAGUCGCGGAUGCGAGAUCAUGCUAUUAUGACAGGUUGGGGAGAUACAGGUGCCGCGGUGGGCUCUCGAGAGCUGCGAGAAUCGGAAUGGGUGUUGCCAUCGCCAUCGCUGGGCUUUUAGUUCUGGCUCUAGUGUGUUGCUUCGUAAUGCUCCGUCGACGCAGAGCUCGCCGAGCUAACGGAGGUGGCUUCGUUCCUGCCGGGUCUGGCCCCAUCCACCAUGACAAGCCACCUCAACAGCCUGGUGGCUAUCAACCUUAUCCGGGGAAUUCAGACUACCAGAAUGAGACUGGACAUGGAUAUGGAUCCCCAGAUUACCCUGUAAACGGACCUCAAUUCCCAACUCCAAGUUAUCAAGGCAAUGGUGGUGGAUAUGCUCCUCCCAAUGGACCCCCUCCGACACACUAUGCGCCUCCGUCGGGACCUCCGCCAGCCAAGUAA